AUUUACUUCAAGCUAUAUUUUUCAUUAGUCUUAUGCCUUUACAUUACUGCCAAAAAGCUGAAGAUACUUUGAUAUUAGCCCAUGUGAUGACAAGACAUGGACAUAGGACUACGGAUAUGGAUUUUAUGUUUCCAACUUAUACAUUUAACGAAUCAUCAUUUUAUCCCUAUGGACCUGGAGAAUUAACUUUGAAAGGUAAAAAGGAAAUGGUAAAAGUUGGAAAGGCUUUAAGGGAAAGGUACUGCGAUUUUCUGGGCGCUUGUUAUCAGGAUGGAUUAGUAGAAGCUGUUUCUUCAGAAUAUAAAAGGACAAUGAUGAGUAUACAGUCAGUCCUAGCUGGACUAUUUAUACCAUCCAAUGAUUGUGAACUAAAAGGAAACUUGAGUUGGCAACCAGUGCCAUUUAAAUAUAUUCCAAAAUUUAAGGACAAAUUUACAGCUGUGCAUAAAAGUUGUCCAAAGGUAUUAGAGGUUCAAGCGAAGAUGGACGAUGAUGAAAAGGAUUUAUAUAAAUAUAUAUCAAAACAUACAGGGUUAAAUGUAACUACCUCAUUUCAUACAUUUUUCUUAUAUUGGAGUUUAGAAAAUUUGAACGACCUAGGUUUUGAAGUACCUAAAUGGAGUAUCCCCAUAUGGAAACAGCUUCAAGAGAAACAUAGUACACAAUUCUACAUUGAUCUUAUUGAACAAAAUUUGAAGAUGUUGACAGGUUCGCUCAUGGUUAAAAUCCACGAAGACUCUCAAAAGAAAAUUAAAAAUAUGUUUAAACCUAAAAUGGUUAUAUAUUCCGGCCAUGAUAUUAAUAUUGUUGGACUCUUGGGUGCAUGCGGAAUAUUUAAACGAGAUGUAGUAAAUUUUGGAAGUUACGUGAUAAUAGAACUUCAUAAAAUAGAAGCUAAUUAUUAUGUAAAAGUAAUCUACGAGAAUUAUAAAUUCAAUAAACCUGAAGUCAUGGUAUUGCCCAAAUGUUCGGAAUUUUGUGAAUUCGAAAAAUUUGUUGCAAUUACCAAGAAGGUAUACCCAAACGAGAAUUGGUGUUCAUAA